GAUGCAGAGGGUGUGGAUAGAGGUGCAAUGAGAGAGAUAAAUAUUGUUUCUGAAGAUAAACCGGUAGAGACCAAAAAAUAUCCUAAAAAUUUACUGCAGGAAAUUGAUGAAGUUGACAAAGAUGGAUCGACUAUAAAAUUUGGCAAAAAUGUUGAAGAUGGAAAGCAAUUUCCAUCACAGAUCCCAAAAACUAAUGAAAUACCAAUUAAGGGAGGAGUCAGUCCAUUGAAGAGUGAAACCCAAGAUUUGAAGAAUAAGGAUACAACAAAAAAUAUCCAAGAUGAGCAGAUAGGUGUUGAGAAGAGUAAAACUUUCCCUGGACAAAAGAGUAUUACAGAGACAUCAAAUAAAAUGCUAACUGAUAAAGAACCAGAAACAUUUCCUCUAUCAGGGAGGGAUGAUGGAAAACCUGAAAAAUUCGAAAAGAAAAAAAUUAGUGAUGUAUCACCUGAAAAAUCACAAAAUCUGAAAGAUGAACCAAAAAGGCUUGAUGAGACUCAGAGAGCUCAAGAGUCGAAAUUGAGUCCAAAAUUCACUAGAGAGCAACUGGCAGGAGAGAAUAAAAACGUUGACAACCCCCUUGAGAGAAAACCAUCCUCAGUCGUUGACAAAAUAUCUGUAUUCAAUGCCCCAACUGAUGGAGAGAAAAUUGAUAGUGAAAAACAACAAGGAAUGGGCUUAAUAGAAGAUGAAGCUUCUGCCAAAACAAUACCAAAGCUGAGUAGCUCGCAAAAAAUUACUAAAAAGUCGACUACAGAGGGAGAAAAACUGAAACCUCAAGAUAAGACUUUGCCUGGUUCCGUUGAGCAAGGCAAUUUGAACAAGGUAAAGAAAGAGGUGGGAGAUAGACUGCCAACGCAGGAUGAAUUAAUUGCUUCAAAAGGAUCACAAUCUGACAUCAAUCAAGAGUAUGAGAAGGCAACAAAACCACAGAAAGAAAGUAAGAUAAGUGAAAGAAUCAAAUCAAUUGAGUCACUACUUCCUCCCUCCCACCCAUCUAAGCCUUCUAAGGUUCCUGCCAAGUCUACAGAUAAGUUGACACAAGACCAAAGUGAUGAUAGAUUGAAAGACAAGUUGUCAGCUUCAGGAAAAGAUGGAAAACUAACAAAAAAAGAUUCAAAAGAUUUUGAUCGACUUGAGGUGAAACAAUCGAAAGACAAUUUGCGUUCUAAAAGAUCACCUGAUGAGAUGAAAACUGGUCAAGAGAGAAACAAACAGCUAGAUGGAAUCCAACCCAAAAAAGAGGAAGGCAGGGAUAGUAAAUUGGAACAAUCUAAAGCAAAAUCAAAAUCGAUUGAUAAAGAGAGAAGAAAAAUAAAGUCAAGUGAUUCAGAGGGAUCUUUAUCACAAUCUAGUCAAUCGCAAGGAGGUGGAAUGCGGCAUGACGAUGGGAUCCAAGAUAGGAAGGGGAGUAGAAAUUUGCGAGAGACUGGGAAACUGGAUAAAUUGACAUCAAGCAGAGUUUCCAAGGAGAAAAAACAUGCCGAUAAACUUCCCACUCAUCUUACGAAAAAAGAGCAAGAGAAAGCAGGAAAACCAUCAGAGAAGCCUGAUGAAUAUUCUGCGAGUAGAAAUAUCCAAAGUAAAAAUCAAGUACCUGCUGACAAAGCAGUUCGAAAGUCAGCUCCACAAACCAAUGCCAAAGGAGAUCAAACUUUAUUAAGAAAGUCCAAAAUCGAUGAAAAGCAAUUACAAGGAAAGGUUAUUAGGGGUGAUAAUAAGUCUAAAGAAAAAGAAGAGCCUGAUUACUCAAAAGCUGAAGCUAGUCAAAUUCGUGAGAAAGAUAAAGCUAUGGGGCAAUCGAAAAUCAAGACACAAGUCAAGAAAGAUGAAAAAGUAGAUCCGAAAUUGAGGAAAUCAGCUAGUCAAAAAGUAGACCCUAAAGAAAUUGCAGCUUCCAGGAAAAUAAAUGGCACGGGGAAGAAAGGAACAGUCCCAGUGGAUUCCCAAGAUGUGAAGCACAGCAGAAGCUUACCUCCACAAUACACGUCUGAUUCAGAAACAAAUAAUGCUGAGAAGCCAGAUACAUGGAAAAUUAAACCCACCUUGUUAGAGAAGAUGAAGAAAUACGGAAUCCAAGUUCUAACUUUGGAUGAAUUGGAUAGACUACAUGAUGAAGUACUUGUUGCAAUGCGAGCCCACCACGGAUUGACAGAUUCUGAAACUGAUGAAACAGAUAUUCAGAAAGAAUUGCAGCAACUAUCACCGGAGGAUUUGGGAAAUCUUCAUUCAGAGCUGAGUGACUUAGCUGAAAACAAAAAAUCAAGAAAUAAGCCUUUGCAGUCAAUGUCGAAAAUUAAAAUUCUAACCCAGUUAGCAGGAGGUAGAUCACCACCAGAGCAUGACACUUCUGGUUCGACUGCACCCAAAAGAAAACCAGCUGAGAUCCCAACAGAUAUAACAAAGCGAGUUUUGAGGCCAGAUACAUUGAAGAUUGGCAGCCCAACUGAUGAUGCUACUUCAAGGAUGAUGGAACCCAACAGAUUGGGGAUUGGGGUCCCAUCAUCAAGUUUAGCCUCCCAAAAAAGGUUGGGAGCUCCCCCAGGGAAAGACCAAUUAAGUCCAACAUACAGACCACAGAAUGAUGAUGCUACUUCAAGGAUGAUGGAACCAACAGAUUGGGGAUUGGGGUCCCAUCAUCAAGUUUAGCCUCCCAAAAAAGGUUGGGAGCUCCCCCAGGGAAAGACCAAUUAAGUCCAACAUACAGACCACAGAAUGAUGAUGCUACUUCAAGGAUGAUGGAACCCAACAGAUUGGGGAUUGGGGUCCCAUCAUCAAGUUUAGCCUCCCAAAAAAGGUUGGGAGCUCCCCCAGGGAAAGACCAAUUAAGUCCAACAUACAGACCACAGAAUAUGAAUGAACCGAGAUCAAAUGACCCUAGAAUGGAGGUUGCUGAAUCACUUCGUCGGAGAAACGAUGAUUUUGUGCAAGGAAGAAGACCUUCAAAAGUUCAGGAUAGAAGGACUAGUCAAAUGAGGGGAAGUAUUAUUGAGAAACUUCAGCAAUAUAUUAACGAUCAGACUUUAGCUGGAAAGCCUCUGAAGAAAAAACCAAGCCAUGAGUGUCAUUGUACGCCACAGGAUAAGAAUAUCGUCAAAAAAUGCUUCUGUAGCCAUUAAGCGUUAAGAAUUGGGAAUGUAAUUUGUGAUAUUGUCGUUGAUUAUAAUACUGAACAUUGAGCUGAAUUUUGAUGUUUCAGAAGUCAAAAUUCGAAAAUGAAUUCUGAUAAUCAUGAACUUUAAGGUCUAUGAGAUACAGGUGUUCAUGAUAAUUUUUGAUUGAUUGAUCCUAAACCUCAUUGUAGACAGAUUUAUCUUCCGUGAUUCCGAAUCAAUUUGAAUGAAAACUAUUUGUAAAUCUUCACAAUAAAAGAAUAUUGAUUGUGUACAAAGUCUUGAAGUAUUAUGUCCAUUAGCACCUAAUAUUAUUUUAAUGCUCAUCAAGUAAUAGAGAUGUUACGGAUGUAUGAUUGAAUAAAUACAGAUUAUUGGG